AUGGGCGACGAUCUCGAAGAGUCUGCCAGCGCACCACUUACCACGUCUCAAGAGCGCGUUCUCGCUUUCGUACAAGAGUUCCUACUGCGGAGAGCGGGACAAGAACAUCCAUUUCCCACGGCAAGCCUCAAGGACCCCUCUGUAGUGGCCGAUUAUUUGGCCAUGAAACGUCUAAUCGAUGAAGGACUUUUGACGGUGCCUCCCGAUACAACUAUACGUCCUGGACGUAAUGGGCGCUGGAUAGGCUUCCGAGUACCCUCCUAUCCGUUCACUCAUAUGUCUUAUCCCCGCGAUCUUUAUAUUUCUGACUCGGGAUUGACUGAUCGCUAUGCAUUCACCGGCACCAAUACAAGCUCGGCCAGCAGCAUCGAAGAACUCUGGCCUAGAAGCACAAAAGACGACGAGGAAUGGGCCUUGGAAUGCCGAGUUUAUGAGGUAAUGGAAGCCAGACCAUACACUGCUCAUCCUGUGUGGAACUCGGUCGCAAAAAGAGGACGCAUGAAAAUUCCAGGGUUGGAAGCGAUAGUGGAAGAAGCGGGCAAAAUCGAAGAGGCUGAUUUCGAGACAUUCGAGGAAUCUCUCUUGCAUUGUGACUCGGAUACAAGGCCAGGAUCGGCACCAUUAGAGGAUUUGCCCUUCCAAACGGUUUUCUACAAGCUCUUGUCGGCACUACACAGACUCUGCGGAGAGAUGGAACAUGAGACCUUAUUCUCAAACAUGACGGAUGUACGGUCCCUAGUCCAGAAAAGGGCUCUCGAAGGAGUCUCGUCGCUACGAGAUGCCGAAAACGCACACACCUUCAUCCACUUCAUUGACAAGAUACACUUCUGCAUGGUGGCUCCGGAGAUCCCUAGAUGCGUGACUAUACUAGUGCAGAAACACACUGAAGACCUGCGAGAGCUACUUCGUUCACGACAAUUGGCCCCAAAGCUGAAGACACUCUUGAACGCCCACGCCAAUCGCCACAAUGAAUAA